AUGCUCGAAUCGCCCAUUUUGGUGCCCCGCGGACCUGAAAAUGACUCCUCCAGCUCCAACGCUGCCAGCCCGGUCCAGUUCAUCAAAGAAUACAUAGAAAAAACCUUGAACACACCGCCUGGGCUGCCCGUAAGUGUUGCAGCAGAACACUACAAGCGCCAACGGUUGAUUGAAGAAAUCAUAGAGUCUGAACUCGAAUACGUGCAAAUGCUCAAAAUCCUGCAAACCUGUUUUCUCGAUGUCUUGUCAAUCAACGAUUAUAUUCCAAUGCAACGGCUCAGCAAAGUCGUCCUCAGCAUCCUGCCCUUGCACGAAAAUCUGUGCCAGCAGCUCGAGCAAAACGUCAAUACCAGCAUCAAGCGCUUUGACGAGUCCACGGAGCCCAAUUGGUCAGACCUAUCGAUGAGGUCGUGGGACCAUUUAGAGCUAUGCCAAAAUUUUGCACAAUUGCUGGGAACUCAAGCCAUUGAAACGGACCAGUAUCGCGAUUAUGUGCUUUAUUACAACCAGGUGAGCCAUCUGCUGACACGCAUGGGUCAGGAGAGUCAGGACCGGCUUCUGUUUGCCAUUCUAUUCCGCAUCGAGCUGUGUCUCCCGAAAUAUUAUGCCAAAACGUCACAACAGGGCUACAAGCGGGAUUUCUCGUUUCGGGCCAUGAUCCAGCUACCUAUCAAUCGCAUCACAAAAUAUAGGUUAUUUCUCGAAUCUUUGGUGUAUUUGACGGAGCACCCGACCAUCACAGACCUCAAAAGACUUGACGACACAAAAUGCGCAGCGAUCGCAAGCAAUAUCCAGGCAUAUCUGGAACAAAUGUACUCCACAAUGAAAAGAAUUAAUGAGCCCAACUCGGAAACUAGCAAAGAUUUGACGUUGACGCUAAUUCAAAACCGUUUAUCUUUCGAUUUACCAGACGACCGACUCCCAAUCGAAGCUAUGGGUUCCUGUAAUGCCAGGGGCUGUUUUGCAGUGGUGUGGCCCGUGACGUACGAUAGUGCUUCUACGACUGGGUCAUACCGCAGUCGUUAUUUCAACACAUCCUACAGGGCCAAGAAAUCUUUGAGCAUUGAAAGCGAUCAGUUUGGAGUUUUCCUCUUCGACACGUAUUUGGUGCUUGCAGAAGUCCCCAGUCUGCAGAGAACGCCGAUUUGCGAAUGGCCUAUCAAGUUCGCACUGCGGUUGUCUAAUUGUCGUUUAGUCGAUAUGGCAAGUCAAGUAGGUUCGAAAAGCGAAGAUGUUGGGUUGUUUUCGAACUGCGACAACAGUUUAAAGAUUCAAUUUGACUAUGACUUCAAACUUUGGGAGAUUCUGGUUUUCUUCAGGGACGCAGCGGAGUCUGACACUUGGCGUAACGAGCUGAAUCAGUGCAUGAACAAAGCAUACAUGAAUGGUGAGGAAUUGCAACGAUUGUCGCGACAGGAAAGUGUAACGCAAUCCACACUUGAAAGCACAUUGCAUUUCAGCGAUUCAACCACUUUCCCAGAUCAAAUGGUUCCCUUUAUCAGUCACAAUGAAGCGUUUUCGGGUCGUUUUGACAGGGCAAGGACAGCCGUCAAGAAGACCGGUAACAGCCAUUGUGCUGGGUUUUGUUACAGAGGUGAAAUGGCCACUGUGGAUAUCGAUUUUCGAAACUUGUCGAUGGAUCUUUCACCAGCGUCUACCUGGUUCACGCGGGGCGGAUCUUCGAGCCGGCUGGAUCUUAGAACUGCGCUUACGGCCGUGGACACCGGUUCUGGUAGUUUUUGCGAUGCCAACACUUUUAGUGCAGUGUUCACACUCUGGAAACGAGUGCAGAUAGAACGAAGCAUGUGGGAAGUGUGGAGCCCGCAGUUGCAGAAAUUGGGCGCUGUCGAGGAAAAACGGAACCCAUCAGAUCUUGAGCGGGCCUUGAUCAGGGCAGCGUCGGACAAUUUAAUCACCACAAAAUCGCCAACAACUCCGUUACGGUCUUCAACGUUUCGAUCCACUCGUUGGUCGAUCAGACGAGUUUUUUCACGGCGACGGAGUCGCCGAACCAACAAUAAGAAGCCCACCACUGGAAGCGUUGUGCAUGUCUAG